AUGGCCAAUUCAAAGCUUCUCCUCACUUUCUUUCAGUUUACGCUUGUUCUGUCCGUGUUAGGGUUGGCUUAUACGUGUAGCCUAACACUUGAUUAUUACAAAACAUCAUGCCCGUCUGCCAAGUACAUAGCCAAAGCCAUAACCAAAAAAUAUAUUUCCCGGGAUCCGACUCUUGCAGCUUCAUUGUUAAGAUUGCACUUCCAUGAUUGCUUUGUUUGGGGAUGCGAUGGUUCUGUGCUAUUAAACUCCACCAAGAACAACACAGCUGAGAGAGAUGCAUACCCCAACCUUAGCCUUAGAGGUUUUCAAGUCAUUGAUUCUGUGAAAAAAGCAUUAGAAAAAAAAUGUCCCGGUGUAGUUUCCUGUGCUGACCUCCUAGCCCUAGUAGCUCGUGAUGCCGUUUUGCAGAUCGGUGGACCCUUUUGGCCAGUCCCCUUGGGACGCAGAGAUGGGAGAGUGUCAAUUGCUUCAGAGGCCAAUGAUAAUCUGCCAUCUCCUGCUUUCAACAUAACACAACUAAAAGCAUCAUUUGCCUCCAAGGGCUUAAGUGAUAAAGACCUUGUAGUUCUAUCGGGAGGACACAAUAUAGGAAUUGCUCAUUGCCCAAGCUUCGCAGACCGCUUGUACAAUUUCAGUGGGCAAGGUGGUACUGAUCCAACAAUGGACCAAAACUACAUAGAUGCGUUGAAGAAAAAAUGCCCGCCAGGGGACAACACUACCCCUGUAGAGAUGGAUCCUGGAAGCUACAAAACAUUUGACGCACAUUACUACAAUCUUGUUAGGAAAAGCAGAGGUCUAUUUCAAUCCGAUGCAGCUCUGCUUACAGACAGCGCCACCAAUGCUUAUGUGCAACUCCAGGCAACUACAGACGGUAUUACUUUCAUGGAGGAUUUUGCAGAGUCCAUGGUGAAAAUGGGUCAAAUCGGUGUGCUCACCGGCUCUUCUGGUGAAAUCAGAAAGCAAUGUUCUACCAUCAACUAA